CAAAUUUCUUUUCCGUUUCUAACCGUUGGACCUCUCAAUUCAUCAAACCCUAAUUUUUAUUUUUCAUGUUGAUUUGCCGGAAAAAUGAAGGAAGUGUUGUAUGGAAAUCUGCUAAAGAGACUGAAGACGGUAAAAGCAUUUGAGUAUCUGAAUCCCCAAAGAGUUCUUUUACUAAACACGUCAGAUCAAUUCUCGUUUUCAAGAGAUUCUGAACUCAAUAUUCAGAUUGAUAGUCCCCUGAAAGAAGAAGAAGAUCUGAAGGAUUAUUGCAAACGGGUCAGCCACGGACCCCAAGAUCUUGAGAUAAUCGAUGUAUCUGAGCUCACAAUAGACCAAGAAAACGACAAUCCGGAUACCCAUGACGAAAUCAAUGAUAAAGAGAACAUCAAGCCGGAAGAAAUCAAUGAUAAAGAGAACAUCAAGCCGGAAGAAAUCAAUGAUAAAGAGAACAUCAAGCCGGAAGAAAUCAAUGAUAAAGAGAAUAUCAAGCCACUGGAAACAAAGAAAACCCAGUUGUUGAAGAAUCGUGAUUUGAAGCCAAUACCCUUGUCGGAGAUUGAUGUUUCUGUUUUCCGGCGACCAGAAUUUGAGUCUAACAGCUUAUUUGACCCGAAUCUUCUAUCCGCAUUUCAUCAAGCUGUAUCGGAACUUAAAGCACGGGAAGCGGAAAAAAGAGCUAUAUAUCAGGAAAAGAUUCAAGAAGAGAUUCAAGAAGAAGAUAAACAAAGGGAAGAGGAAAGAGAAGACCCACUUCUUGAAUACAAAGAAAAAUGCCCUCCGGGUGGGCUAGUAUCAGUGAUUCUCUACACCACCGGACUCCGAGGAAUCCGAAAGACUUUCGACGAUUGCACCAACGUGCGGUUUCUGUUGCAGAAUUUCAAGGUUCUGUACUAUGAAAGAGAUGUUUCAAUGCAUGCAGAGUUCCGACAAGAGCUAUGGCAGACUUUAGGUGAUAGAUUGCUUCCUCCCAGGUUGUUUAUUAAAGGAAGGUACAUCGGAGGAGCAGAGGAGGUGCUGACUCUUCACGAACAAGGUCGUCUGAAGCCCCUUUUCGAUGGCCUUCCGGUGGACAUAUCUAAAGAACCAUGUGGGGGCUGUGGUGGAAUGAGAUUUGUCAUGUGUUAUAGCUGCAACGGCAGCAACAAGGUGGUUGCUGGAAAUGGUUGGUCGCCGGAGGAAUGCCCUGAGUGUAAUGAGAAUGGGUUGAUUAUCUGCCCCUUUUGCUUGUAAGCCUCCUGUAAAUGGUAUUUAAUUCCUGAUUUUUAUUUGGUUUCAAUUCGUAUUGGGGGAAUUCAUUUGAUCGAAAUAACAGUGUCUCAAGUUUUUAAUACCUUUUGAAGAAUUCA